AUGGCCGUCUGGUGCAAUGAGGAUGGUUCUGGACUCAAGUUAGGAAUAUUUGUCUACUCGCCACUGCUGAAGAAACUCUACUGCCAGAUCGCCAAGACGUGCCCCAUCCAGAUCAAGGUGUCGACACCCCCUCCACCUGGCACCGUCAUCCGGGCGAUGCCCGUCUACAAGAAAGCAGAGCACGUGACUGAAGUGGUGAAGCGCUGUCCCAACCACGAGCUGGGCAGAGACUUCAAUGAAGGACAGUCAGCCCCGGCGAGCCACCUCAUCCGGGUGGAAGGCAGCAACCUCUCUCAGUAUGUGGACGAUCCCGUCACCGGGCGACAGAGUGUGAUGGUGCCAUAUGAGCCACCCCAGGUGGGGACGGAAUUUACCACCAUCCUGUACAACUUCAUGUGCAACAGCAGCUGUGUGGGAGGCAUGAACCGCAGGCCCAUUCUCAUCAUCAUCACCUUGGAGACCAGAGAUGGGCAGGUUCUGGGCCGGAGAUCCUUCGAGGGACGGAUCUGUGCCUGUCCUGGCAGGGACCGAAAAGCAGACGAAGAUCAUUACCGGGAACAGCAGGCUCUGAACGAGAAUGCAGCCAAGAAUGGUAACGCUACCAAGCGCACAUUCAAGCAAAGCCCACCUGCCAUCCCUGCCCUGGUGGCCAAUGUGAAAAAGAGGAGACACGGGGAUGAGGAGAUAUACUAUAUGCCCGUGCGUGGCCGGGAGAACUUUGAAAUAUUGAUGAAAAUAAAGGAGAGCCUGGAACUCAUGGAGCUGGUACCUCAGCAAUUGGUUGACUCCUAUCGGCAGCAGCAGCAGCAGCUCCUCCAAAGGCCGAGUCACUUCCAGUCUCCUUCUUAUGGCCCGGUCCUCUCGCCAAUGAACAAAGUCCACGGGGGAAUCAACAAACUGCCUUCAGUCAACCAGCUCGUGGGGCAGCCUCAGCAGCAUAGCUCUGCUGGAGGGCCCAACCUGGGGCCCAUGGGUCCUGGAAUGCUGAACAGCCACAGUCACCCCAUGCAGUCCAAUGGUGAAAUGAAUGGUGGCCAUACCUCUCAGUCCAUGGUCUCAGGGUCACACUGCACCCCUCCUCCCCCAUACAAUGCUGACCCCAGCCUCGUCAGUUUUUUAACAGGACUGGGGUGUCCAAACUGCAUCGAGUAUUUCACAUCCCAAGGGCUGCAGAACAUUUACCACCUGCAGAAUCUAACUAUAGAGGAUCUUGGGGCCCUGAAGAUUCCUGAUCAAUAUAGAAUGACCAUCUGGAGGGGUCUUCAGGAGCUGAAGCAGAGCCAUGACUAUGGGGCCCAGCAGCUUAUCCGCUCAAGUAGUAAUGCUUCGACCAUCUCCAUUGGGAGUUCAGGAGAACUUCAGCGCCAGCGCGUGAUGGAGGCUGUGCAUUUCCGAGUCCGCCAUACAAUCACCAUCCCCAACCGCAGUGGGGCGGACGAAUGGGCAGACUUUGGCUUCGACCUCCCAGAUUGCAAAUCCCGCAAACAGUCCAUUAAGGAGGAGUUUACAGAUGGCGAGAUCAAUUGAGGAUGAGGAAGGGAAGGCUGGGAGAGAUCCGGGAGGGGAUUGUGAGGUUCCCCCCAAACCAAACUGGCUUCCAAAGGGAAAAGGAAAAAAAAAACUCCAGGUAUGGGAGAUGGUGAAGAGUUUACAGCCUUAAAACCCCUGGCGAAGGUUUGGCUUUUUUUCCUUUCAUUUUAUGUACCCAAGACUGGAGUUUUGAGCUCUAAGCAGUUCAGGGCCAGCGAGGGUGGUCUGUCUAUCUGUUGGGCCCCUCUUCCAGGAAAACAUUUCUGAUGUCCUUCACUUUGGGAGAAGUGCGAGGGAAAGGAUGGAAGUUCCUUUAAGCAGCCCCAUUCAGGAUAGGCAGCCUGAAUAUUGUAGAUAUUUUGUAGUCCUGCACAGACUUAUUUUGUGCAUCCAAGUAAUUAUACAGUCCACAUCAUGUUUCAUGGCAAGAUUGAUAAUUUUAAAAUGAGGGACAGCAUCUUUCCUUGUCCUCUCCCUUCCUUGCUUCCACUCAGAAAUAUCUGAAUGGAGAAGACCAGUGUCAUCAUGAAAACCUUUUGCCCUGUCAGCUUCUGUAGAGAUUCUGCCAAUUUUCUGACCCUAGGUAACAAGGGAAUCUGCCUUCCUGAUGGACUGCCAAAAAAAAAAAAAAGAAAGAAAAAAAAAGUAUUUUUCAACUUCCUUGAGUUAUCCACAAAGAAACUUGAUUAUGUUGUAUUUCAAAUGCUGUCUGUGUACAUGUGAGCUCACCCCUGCAUCUGUUCUUAAAAGGAAGUAAUUGCUCUUUUCAAGCCCAUUUUCAAAGUGGCUGAUUCAUGCCAUCUUAAUGAGACUUAAUGAAAGUUACUCUCUAAGCUAGUUUGAGGGUAAACAAGAUCCAUCCAGAAGCUGUCAGUUUGACCAAGAAUCAUUUAAUCUUUUUAGAAUUUGCUCCUUUCCUCUUAUAUUCUGGCUUCCUUCUUUUCUAUCCCAAAUUCUCUGAUUUCUCCCUCCCUCCCCCCAAGAUGUGGUUUCUAUUUGGAAUCUGAAUUCAGUGGGGAAAGAUGGAUUGCUGAAGUACUCGAUCUUUUCUGGGAAACUGACCACCAUAUUGGAAAUGCUGUGGCCCCAAACAUUGACACUCAGGUGAUCCCUGCUCAGCACAAAGGCAGACAGUGUAUUUCUCACACUAUUGGUAUUUGAUAAAGUGAAACAUUUUUCUACAUUAAAAGUUCAGGAUUUUGUUUGUUUCUUCAAUGUUUCAUUCUCAACAUGUGGCGACGGCCUCGUGCCCAGCUUUUCAGCACAUUUUCAGCCAACAAAAUGAGCUAAAGAAAGAUUGAGAGCAAAAUCUUUUUAGUAGCUUUUUAUU